AUGUCUACCCCAGUAGAUAACGAUUACAACCUGCAGGAGGCGUGGGACAGGGCUUGCACAUCGUUUGCGCAGACAGCGAAAGUUGACCUGACUACUACGCCGAAGUACACGGUCGACCAAGUUCUAGACCAGAUUCGGACGAAGCAAGAUGAAGAUGACGAGCGAAAUAACAAGUAUAAAACUGCAAAAGAUGUGAUCGGCAAGACGUUGAACUUCGUCAUGGUCUUAGGUGGCAUAGCCGCCCAAGGCGCCAGUAUGGUAUUUGCUCCUAGCAGUUUGUGCUUCAAUGCGAUUUCAUAUCUCAUUAGCACCGGAUCAAAGUACAAGCGCAUCUUCAGCAGCCUUUCCGAGUUGUUCCGGCGUAUUUCCGACGUGCUGGAGCGCUGCAAAAUCUAUAUGCGUCUUCCUGCUGACGCAGUUGACAUCUCGCUUCGCAAGAUUAUCAACGAGGAACUGGUAUGCUUCGUCGACAUUUGCGCUUUGUCCAUCAAGGUAUUGAGGGGUCACAAAGUCUUCACUGCGUUGAAGGUAUUUGCAUUCGACAGUGACGAGGGUGUGAGUGGCCAGCUAGGUCGCCUGGCGACGCUAGUUGAGCGAGAGUCUCAGAUGCGUGCAACACUGGGCUUUGAGUCGCAGAAAACCAGUGAGAGGAAUAUCAUUGAAAACAAAGAAGGAACCAAGAAGAUCAACGCCACAGUGGACAGGUUGCUCACUUUUGAGAAGAAGAAAGAAGCGGAUAAUGUGGCCAAAAGGCUACUAAACAGCAUUGAUUCAAGCCUCGAUACUCCAAGUGAGACUCACAAAACCUCACAAACAAUUUACAAGCGAUUGUUGAAUGACCAGGUCCCCGGAAGUGGAGAGUGGCUUCGGACUGAUCCUCUGUACACAGCAUGGGCGAAACCUCAAGACUCAUCUUGUUCAAUCCUCGUCCAACACCUGCAAGAAGCUCACGCACAAGUUGCCGACGAUCUCAAGUGCAUUUCGACUGCCUACCACAUUUUUGAACACGAGAAAGGAAAUGCUUCUUUGCUCAAAGCUUUGAAGGUUCUGGCAUGGCAGAUUGCCAACAAAGAUGUCGUUUAUCGUAAAGAUCUAAGCUCCACCAAAGUUGGCGGUAUCAAUCAGAUAGAGAACAUUUGGGAAACACUUUUUGCCAAGUCCUACAAAAGUGACUCCACUUUCUUCGUUUUGUUGGAUGGCGUUGACCAGGUGGACAAGAACCACCUCAAGGACUUCAUGCAGCUGUUGACAGAACUGGAAGCUAUCUCUGGGACUUGGCAUCGGUUCAAGCUCCGUAUCCUUCUCUCUGGACGCGAUCAAACGAUGACCAAGAUCAAGUCUCGGAUGGGUGAGGGAAUAUCAAUCAUUGAUGUGGCUUCGAAAAACAGCGAUGACAUGGAGAAAUAUAUCAUCGACCGCAUGAACAAGAUGGAGAUUUUGAGCGGUUCGUCGGACCAACUUCCUUCACUACGGCGCGAAAUCUUGCAAGCCCUCACGGCGCAGACGCAUGGUGAUUUCGUCAACGUCGGCCUCAUCUUGCAUGAGAUCAGCGGCAAACAACGCCCGGGGGAAAUUAGAGACAUCUUGUCACGUUCUGGAGGCAACCGAUCUGACACGAUUGAGAGAAAAAUGGAACUGCUAAAUGACACACUCAGCGAUGAAGAUAUCUCUGAUCUGAACGACCUCCUCACUUGGGUGGUGUUUGCCUCGCGUCCUCUGACCCUGGAAGAACUAGAGGCAGUGCUCUUCCUGAAGGCCCGUGAGUCCUCUCUGCGCCCACUAUCCGAGAAGAUUUUAGAUCAGUAUUCAUCACUGCUCAAGAUCUUUGGUGAACCGCAUUCCAUAACAAAAACCAUACCACCCACCUCAGUAGUCAUGCUAGUAUCUGACUCGAUAGAAGAGUUCUUGCGAGCCAAGCCUGACCCUGAAACCGCUGACGAUGAGCAGGGCAUGGGUCCCACGUGUGAUGUCAAUGAGGUUGAGGUCAGGAUAGUUAAGAGAUUCCUUGAGUCGGUCUGCGACCCGAAAUUGUUCAACAAAUUUGGAUUCGAUAAUUUCUUCCAAAAUAAAUUGAAAGGAAAGACUGCUAGGGUCGGAGUCGAUAUUGAGAGCGCACACCUUAAGAUUGUCACGUCUUGUCUGGAUGUGAUCUGCUCAGAGCAAUCUCCCGGCCUUGCUCCUUUACUCGAUUAUGCGGUCGACUAUUUCGCUGUGCAUCUCCAAAACACAGAUCCAUCACUGACACAGCCUCAACAAAAGACUGCCCUUGGACCUAAACUUGUGAGCCUAUUUUUUGAUGAUGAAAUAAUUAAGCGAUGGUGGUGGACGCCUUGGCGGAGGCACGAUUGGAUCUACAACGAUAAAUUUGCUGAUGUUGCGCUAAAAUGGCUACAGGACUCAGCCGUCACCAAGAAUAUCUCUGUGGAACAAACCAAGUGGGUCAAGAGCUUGAGUUCGAAAUCAGAACCCGAUGCAGAUAUUAUCGAACACAUCGCUCGAUAUUUGGCUCGCAUUUGGCUCCAACCAAGUGUUUAUGAUAUCACUGAUGUUUUCGCUGCGUUCUAUGGAUAUGCCACAAAGAUUGAGAAUCGCAAAAGCCCGACACUCCAGAGAUCUACCAGUGACCCGAGCCCGGGUGAUGCCAAUGCCUCCCAAAUCUUGGACACCGCAGAAUACGCUCGAAAGUACAUUGGAAUUAGCACUUUGGGCUACACGGAGACCCGUAGACUAGCACGCACUCUUCAAAAGUAUCACCUGUAUCCCGAGGCUAUCGAAAAGUUCAAGCUGGCCUCUUCGCUCGACGCAUACAACUGGUUCUCGGAAUGGGGCCUGGCAACCUGCUAUGCACACGAGAAGGACUAUGCACUCGCAAUCGAGAUAGCGGAAGCAGCCAAGAAGACUAUCAAGGAUGGAGACACCGAAGAAGACCAUUUGGUCAUUCCAGACCUGGAUCGUGACCUGGCCGGAUGGAAUGCCGAUGCCGGACACAUCGAUGAAGCCGUUGGAAUAUACGAAUCUCUCCUGCAGGAUAAUCCCAACGACUAUGAGACAGCACUCUCGCUGACGAUUCUUUUUCACAACGAGAAAAACCGUGGCGGUCUUCUUCAUUUCUUAGAAUCACUCAAGGAGUCUACAGAUGGGACUGGGCAGGACCGACUCAUACAAGCAUUCCACUACAACUGCGACAGUGCGGAAUAUCACGCAGCAAUUUGUGCCCUUGGUUCCGAAGCGGCAGCCUUUGAUUCCAUCUUUGAAAGCUACGAGGCAGCCAUCACUGCUGCCAAAACACGGCUCGCAGAGGCAAGGAAGACAGAGGAAAGCCAAUUAGAAGAAUAUUGCCGUGCUUGCCAGGCAACCCUCAUGCACCAUUUCGCAUACCUUUGCUAUGAGAAUAGCACCGAUAAGCCCGAGCGAAAGGUAAUCGCAAUCGAUCAGUGGGUGCGCAUUUUGGAAAUGGAGAACUUGGCCGGUGACUACAACCUCACGAGCACCAAGCUGUACGUGCGCUCCAGGCUUGCGAGUGUCUGCUUUAUUGAAGCACGCCGAGACCCAGGAUCCGCAGGUCCCUACAUAGAGCAACUGGAGCAACUUGCUGCGUUGCAAAGCGUCACCAGUGUUGACGCUGAUUGGUGUUAUUCGACGUAUCCAACGCGCUUGCUCGCGCGGUAUUACGCACUUCAAGGAGACAAAGAGAAAGCUAAAGACGCCCUGCGCCCUUAUGUCAAAGCUAGCCUCGAUAUUCUUGUCGAUGAUGAUCCCCUCAACGACUGGCAAGGAUACAAUGAGUUGGCAAUGUAUUUGAUUCAUGCGGAAGAGGACGAUGACUGUCUUGCAGCAUGGUCAUUGAUUGUACCAACCACUGAUACCCAAUACGACGGAGAAUCCUCAGGUGACAAGUCUUCUCAAGAACCUACAGGGCCCUUAUAUGUCGUGUGCGAUGGAAACUGCGGGACAACGUGGUCGUUCGCCAACGAUAUAUACGCUUGCAGACAAUGCGACUACAUACAUUUUGACCUAGCCUGCUUGAACAAGUUGCGCGAAGGGACUUUGGAUAUUUCGAUAUGUGGAAAAGAUCAUGAGAUGCUCCAUGUCCCGGCAUAUGAUGCGGUUAAGAUGGAGGAAAUUGGCGACGGGAACGUCAAGGUUGGAGAGCAGGUUAUGUCGGUCGAGAGUCUGGCAGGAGCUGUCUUUGCUCAUCCCGGCCACGAUAUUCGUGCUGAGGCUGCCGAGCGUGCUUCCUUCUUAGAGAACGCCCCCGUUCACCGGCGCAGCCUCGCCCAGUGUGCCUCCAAGCUCAAGGCCCGUGGCCAUGAGAACGCCAACGUUGUUCGCCGUGCCAACCGUGUCAAAGCCAUCCGUCAGAAGCGUGGCCUGCAGCACAGUGGGUUUCAGUCUAUGUACUUGCAUGCACUAAAAGACGAACCACAUUACCCAGACGUCCAGUUCCACAAGGCCCGCUCCCUCAACAGCGUCCUGAACACCGACCACAACUCCACCCUGUUUGGUGUCAGCCCUUCCACCGACCCCAGCGUUUUGUUCGGAUCCGAAACUACUAAGAGUUCUCGUGUCGUUUGCUCUCUUAGACGAUCUCCAAGAUUUAGUCUAUCCUCCAUUUCCCUCCUUUACCGACAUUCAAGCAGGCGAGAAACCAUCAGUGGACAAUAUCUUGACCCAUAUCAUACCGUUCUGUAA